AUGGCACAGUUGUCGCCCGCCAUCGAGCAUGGCCCAUCAACUCUUGCCUCGAAUAACCCUUUUCGAAACCGCGUCUCUCCGACUGCGACGAGCCCAUCUUUAAGCUCAAUCGGUCUUGCUACGACAACAAAUCCUUUCCUCGAUGCCAGUGAGGUCCCCUCGGCGAUUCCAACAGGCAAGAAAUCGCCAAUCGCCACAGGGGGGCAGCUCCCACCACGGACCACUGACGCAACGUCGGACCUCUUCGCUGGUCUAGAUAUCAGCGAAAAUGCACAAUCCCGCCCGCGGGAUCAACCACCUAUGAAAGGUCCCCCAAGACGAGAGAACGGUGCACCACCUCACGGCAGACCACCUCCUCGACAUAAACCAAGUGCCUCAGACGAAGAACGAAGACGCCAGCGAAGCAAAACACGUGGCCUACCGAAAGAGUUAGACAUCUUUGCAGACCCACCAAGUUCGAGUCGACCUCGUGAAAGGCGACCACAACGUAGAAAUUCGGAAUCUUCCAUCCGCGAAAAGCCCAAAGAGAUGGAUCCAGAAGCCGAGAAAAGGCGGCGUGAAAGAAAGCUCCGAGAGGGCAAAAGCUCGAGUCGGUCCAAGCAACCUUCUCGCAAGUUGGACAUAAUCGACAAAUUGGAUGUCACUAGUAUCUAUGGAACUGGAUUGUUCCAUCAUGAUGGCCCAUUUGAUGCUUGUAACCCACAUCGCAACCGCAAGGGAUCUAGACAAGCCCCCAUGCAGGCAUUUCCCAAAAACUCCACAAGUAUGCAACUGGGUGGUUCUGGUCCAGUGAACAAAACAAUCAACUUGGACCGAUUCCAUGGCACCGAGAGUGAAGCUCACAACGACUACAAUGAAGCCGCUAUUGUUGAGGGUGAAGACGACUAUUACCGCCGACCCCAACCAGAGCGAAGUGCUAGUUUUAACCCCACCGCACGGAUUGAGCCUGUUCAUGGCAAUUUGACAGCAGGUCUAGGUACCAGUACUUUCCUGGAGGGUGCACCAGCUAGUCAGGCUGCCAUUCAGCGACGUGAAAGCGAAUACGAAGCUGCUCAAAGAGAAGCCAACGCUAAUGGAUUGUCUCGAACCAAGAGUUUGGCUCAGAGAAUCAAAUCCGUUCGGCCCAAAAUCUCAGAUGGACCCCGAGUCAAUUCUCCAGAGCCUGCGAUGACACCAACAAGCCCUCUUGGUUCCGGUCGCCCCGAACAAAAUGCUACCAAUCCAUUUUUCAAAGACUACGAUAAGGACUAUGAGAAGAAAGGGGCACAAAUCGCAUUUGCUGAGGAACAACAAAAGACUGGCCGUGCCCGAGCACCUAGCAGCCCAAGGCGUGGGCUGGGAUUGGAGCGAAAAUUGACCGCAGAUAGCGCCAAUGGUGAAGAAAGCAAACCCAGCACUGGCGGUGGCCUUUUGACUCGCAUCAAGAGUAUGAAGGCUUCGCGUCGACCUCGUGAGAGAAGAAACACUGAAACUUCCUGA